UGGCGGGGGAGCUCGGGCCCAACCGGACGGCGCGGAGGCGCUCGGAAAACUGAAUUAAAAAACGUAAAGAGGCGGCGCGGCCCCUUUAAGAGCGGAGCAAAGGCGCGAGCGCAACAGCGGUGAAAAUGGCGGCAGCUGCGGCCCCGCGCGCGCUCAUAUAGGACAAAGCCGCGGCUCCCAUUGGUCGGCGCCGCCCCUUUCCAUCCUUCUAUUGGUCAAUCUCGUUGUCAGUCCAGCUCUCUGCUCUCCAAUUGGCUUACAACCUCUCUUAAGCCCCGCCCACCGACGCUCCGGCGCUCUCGGAGGACCUCCCCGCCCCGUCUCUGUGGUCUGGCGAUGAUCGACAUGCACAGCAGCCAUUGGGAAGAGCGGAUGGGCGUUGGCGCGCAGAAGGGGAGGCCAAUGGGAGCGCUGGGGGCGGGGCCCGUCGGUGAUGGCGCGGGAGGGUGCCUUGGAUGAUCCAGCUGUGCCCACAGAUGUUAAGGGCCCGCAAAAACGCCUUCCUGCCCCCGGAACGCCCCAGAUGUCAUUGGGAAGGGGCCAGAUCCAGAUGCUGAGGACCCAAAAACGCCCAAAGCAGCUCAAAACACUUUGGAGGCUCCAGAUGUGGCAGCAGAAACCCCAAAUCCAGAUGUGCUGCAGGCCCAAAAAUGGGCACCGCAUGCUGCUGGUGGACAGCGACACAGAUGUGGAGGACGAGGGGCCAAAUCCAGAUGUUGGCCCCCCAAAACAUCUUAAAAUGACCCAAAAUGUGCCUGAAACACCAGAUGUGGGGCUGAAAAUCUCAAAUCCAGAUGUUCCAUGGCUGAAAAAUGGGCGUGGGACGCUGCAGGUGGAGAGCGACACAGAUGUGGAGGAGGAGGAGGUUGAUCCAGAUGCGGAGCCCCCAAAACGACUGAAAAUGACCCAAAAUGUCUCAGAAACUCCAGAUGUGGUAGCAAAGACCCCAAAUCCAGAUGUUUCAGGCCCAAAAACGCGAUGUGGGAUGCAGGUGGUGGACAGUGACACAGAUGUGGAAGAGGAUCCAGAUGUGCCACCCCAGAAAAGGCUCAAACUGACCCAAAACAUGCCUGCAAUUCCAGAUGUGGAGGUGGAAACCCCAAAUCCAGCUGUGGGAACGCCCAAAACUGGACACUGGACAAUGCUGGUGGACAGUGACACAGAUGUGGAGGGGGAGGAGGAGAAUCCAGAUGUGCAGCUCCCAAAACAACUCAGGAUGACCCAAAACGUGCCUGAAACGCCAGAUGUGGCAGCAACGGCCCCAAAUCCUGAUGUUUCGGGCCCAAAACUCCAUUCCCGGAUGCUGCUGCUGGACAGCGAUACAGAUAUGGAAGAGAAAGUGAAUCUGGAUGUGCAGCCCCCAAAAAGGCUCAAAGUGACCCAAAAUGUGCCCAGAAUUCUAGAUGUGGGGGUGGAGACCCCAAAUCCAGCUGUGGAAAGGCCCAAAAUUGGUCAUCAUACGUUGGUGAUGGACAGCGACACAGAUGUGGACACGGAUCCAGAUGUGCAGCCACCAAAAAGGCUCAGGAGGACCCAGAAUGUGCCCAAAACUGCAGAUGUGCGAUGGGGGACACCAAAUCCAGAUGUUUCAGGCCCCACAAUCGGGUGUCAGAUGCUGGUGGACAGCAGCGACAUAGAUGUGGAGGAGGAUCCAGAUGUGGAGCCCCCAAAAUGGCUCAGAGGGACCCAAAACGUCCCCGAAACUCCAGAUGUGGCUGCAAAGACCCCAAAUCCAGAUGUUUCUGGCCCCAAAAUCGGGCGUCAGACAUUCCUGGUGGACAGUGACACAGACGUGGAGGAGGAGAAUCCAGAUGCUGAAACCCUAAAAAAGCUUGAAAUUACCCAAAAUGUGCCUGAAAGUCCAGAUGUGGUGACACAGACCCCAAAUCCAGAUGUUGGAGUGACCAAAAAUGGGCGUCAGGCACUACUGGUGGACAGUGACACAGAUGUGGAGGAGGAGGAAGGGAAUCCAGAUGUUUGUCCUUCAAGAAGAUGGAAAAAUCCUCAAAACAUGCUCCAAACUCCAGAUGUGCCCACACAGCCCCCAAGUCCAGCUGUGGAGGGGUCACAGAGGGGUCACCGGGCGCUGCUGGAUGACAGCGACACAGAUGUGGAGGAGGAGGCAAGUCCAGAUGUUGGAUCCCUAAAAAGACUGAAACCAGCCCCAAACGUGCCUGAAACUCCAGAUGUGAGGCUGAAAACGCCAAAUCCAGAUGUUUCAGGCACAAAAAUUGGGUGGUGCGAUGCUGCUGGUGGACAGCGAGACAGAUGUGAUGUUGGGGAGGCUGAGGCAGAUCCAGAUGUUAGGAGCCCAAAACAACUCCAAAUGACUCAGAAGCCACACGAAAUUCCAGAUGUGGAGGAGGAAGAGGAAUCAGAUCCAGAUGUAGCCACCCAGCUGUUCCUGCCCUCUCCAGACGUUGGGAGCCCAGAAAGCCCCAAAAUGGCCCCAAAGGACCCCAAAAACCCAGAUGUGGAGGAGGAAGAGGACCCCACCCUCAAUGUCCAUAAAAGGAAAUGGGCAGGGCUCGGUGGUGACCUCAUCCCCAGAGGAGGCGGAGCCAACAGGGGAUGCCAAGCGCAGGCUCCGCCCCCGGCAGCGCCGGGCUCCGCCCACAUCCGGGUGCUGUUCACGGGCCUGGUGGCCUCCCCGGCGCUGCGGGUGGCCCUGGGGACGCUGGGUGGCACCGAGGCCACGUCGGUGCACGAUUGCAGCCACCUGGUGACCGAUGGCAUCCGCCGGACACUGAAGUUCCUGUGUGCCCUGGGCAGGGGCGUCCCCAUUGUCACCCCCCAGUGGCUGCUAGAGAGUUCCCACAGUGGCCGCCCGCUGUCCCCAGGUCCCUUCCUGCCCCGGGACCCCUCCUGUGAGCGGCGCUUCGGCUUCCGCCUGCGCCCGGCGCUGGCCCGGGCCCGGGAGCGGCCCCUGCUGCAGGGGUACCAGGUGCACGUCACCCCCAGUGUCCAGCCCGUGCCCGAGGACAUGCGGGACAUUGUCACCUGCUGUGGUGGCACCUUCCUGCCACAGCUGCCCCGGGAACACGCGCCCUGUGUCCUGGUGAUCUCGUGUCCCCAGGACCGCUGGCUGUGGCCCCCGGCCGUGGCCGCGCGGCUCCCGCUGCUCCGGCUGAGCUGCCUGCUCUCGGGGGUCCUGCAGCAGCGCCUGGAGCUGGCCCCGUUCCUGCUGAGCCCCCUGGCAGCCCCCCCAGCCCCCCCAAAACACCCCUGAGCCCCCUGAAAAAUCCCCCAAAUCUCACCCAACAACUCCAAAAUUCCACCCAAAAAAACACAAAUCCCACCCAAAACAAAAAAAAUCCCACCCAAAAUACCUCGAAUCCCGCCCAAAAUAUCCCAAAUCCCACCCAAAACCAAAAAAAUCCCACCCCAAAACCCCCAAAUCCCACCCAGAAACGGAAAAAUCCCUCCCAAGAACCCCCAAAUCCCUCCCAAAAAAACCCCAGAUCCCACCCCAAAAAACCCAAAUCCCACCCAAAAAAGCAAAAACGCAUCCCAAAAAAACCCCAAAUCCCUCCCAGAAACAAAAAAAUCCCCCCCAGAAAUGCCCAAAUCCCACCCAAAGUACCCCCACCCCAAACCCACUCCUGGGCCCCCAUUUUGGGGCCUCCACCCCCCCCGCCCGAGCCCCCCCAGGACCCGGAGUGGGCGGAGACCCCCCCCAAAAUCCCCCCCUCAAAAACCCCAAAUUCAGGGACCCCCCAAAAAACCCGCAAAAUCCACCCCAAAAAAAACCCAAAUCCACCCAAAAAAAAACCCCAAAACGACCUCAGGGUCACUCAGAGGGUCCUGACCCCGAUUUUGGGGUCCCAGAUCCCCCACAGGAUCCCCCCAGGACCCGGAGCCAUCGGGGGACCCCCCCCAAAAUCCCCCUCAGGACCCCCCAAAUUCAGGGUCACCCAAAAAAAACCCCAAACCUGCCCAAAAAAAAACCAAAUCCACCCCAAAAAAACCCCAAGCAGCCCCGGAGUCUUUCAGGGGGUCCCAACCCCAAUGUUGGGGUCCCCAGAUCCCCCCCUGGAGGCCCCCAGGACCCGGAGCGGGCGCAGACCCCCCCCAAAUCCAAGGAACUCAAAAAAAACCCCAAACCCGCCCCAAAAAGCCCCAAAUUCCAUCCCAAAACGGCCCCCGGGGUCCCCCCGAGGGUUCCCCCCCCAGUUUUGGGGUCCCUGAGCCUCCCCCGAGCCCCCCCCCAGACCCGGAGCCGCCGGGGGCCCCAAUAAAGUGAAUUUGGGCAGCGGA